CUCCCUCAUGUUUGUGUCUGUCCUUAGGCUGAGAUGGUCCAUGCAGGCUUGAUGAGCGAGAGGGCUCUCCUGGUGGUGGCAUCUCAGCAUCAGCAGCCAGCAGAGAACGCCUUCUCGGAUCUCCUCAAGCCCAUCUCGGAGCAGAUCCAGGCCGUGCAGAAUUUCAGGGAGAAGAACCGUGGUAGCAAACUGUUCAAUCACUUAUCAGCAGUCAGCGAGAGCAUCCCAGCCCUGGGCUGGGUGGCCAUGGCUCCAAAGCCUGGUCCUUACGUGAAGGAAAUGACUGAUGCUGCCAUGUUUUACACCAACCGGAUCCUCAAGGAGUACAAGGAUGUAGAUAAAAAACAAGUGGACUGGGUGAAAGCUUAUCUGAGCAUCUGGACAGAGCUGCAGGCUUACAUCAAAGAGUUCCACACCACGGGGCUGACCUGGAGCAAAACAGGUCCUGUGGCCACAGCAGGGGCUAAAGCACCGCCUGCCCCCCCGGCUGGGGUUGCACCCCCACCUCCAGGGCCUCCCCCUCCUCCUGCCCCCGUCAGCUCCGGCACCGACGACUCGGCCUCGCGCUCGGCGCUCUUCGCCCAGAUCAACCGGGGAGAAGGGAUCACCUCGGGCUUAAGGCACGUCUCAGAUGAGAUGAAAACCCACAAGAAUCCAGCCCUGAAGAACCAAGGGGGCCCCGUGAGGAGCGGCCCCAAACCUUUCACUGCUCCCAAACCAGCCUGUAAUGCUAAUCCCUCCCAAGGCGCCUCCCCGAAGGCUCCUCCCUUGCUAGAAUUAGAAGGCAAAAAGUGGAGAGUGGAAAACCAGGAGAAUGCCACUAACCUGGUGAUCAGUGACACAGAGCUGAAGCAGGUAGCAUAUGUUUUCAAGUGCACAAACAGUACACUCCAAAUCAAAGGCAAGAUCAACUCCAUCACCCUGGAUAACUGCAAGAAGCUGGGUCUGGUGUUUGAUGACGUGGUGGGCAUUGUGGAGAUCAUCAACAGCAGGGAUGUUAAAGUUCAGGUCAUGGGUAAAGUGCCAACAAUUUCCAUCAACAAGACAGAUGGGUGCCACGUGUACCUGAGCAAGAGCUCCCUCGACUGCGAGAUCGUCAGUGCCAAGUCCUCGGAGAUGAACGUCCUCAUCCCCAGCGAGGGGGGAGACUUUACUGAAUUUCCUGUCCCAGAACAGUUCAAGACAGUGUGGAACGGUCAGAAGUUGGUUACCACUGUGACAGAAAUUGCUGGCUAAGCCGAAAAGCUCCAAGGCUCACACCCUCCCCUGGCCCUGCUGUGGGACAAAUCUGCUUUCAGAUGAUUCUCUUAGAUUUCUUGUACCUUUCUGCUCUCAAACUGCUUCUCUUCUACCCAAGAGACACAGCUGCCUGCCAUCACUGAGAUUCCUCUGCCUGGGGCUUGGGGUAGGUGGUGGGUCAGUGAUUGUCCACCUCUCUCAGCAGGAAGGUGUAUUUCUCUCUCCCUUUGUCCCAUCUAACCGCACCAAUCGAUCAAGAGUCUCAGUGAACUUUCACAGCCAGUCCUGGCAGUUGGCUUUCAGAGUGUUGUUUUUGUAUUGCCUUUAAGCAAAACUGUUCAUGUGAGAGGAGUGUUGUCCCCUUUUGAACGAGCACCGGUGUCUGUCGGAGCCCGCAGUACCCAGCUGCUGGGGCAGGUGUCUUGGGAAGGUCCUGGCAGCUGCUCAUUCCAGCUCUCCGGAGCACUUGGUGGCAUCACAGCACGUGGAAACGGUUUUGUCGGACCAAAGGCUGAGGACCUGGGCCGAUUCCACCCUGAUUUCCUCUUCCAUCAUUCCCAGUAGCUCAGUGCAUUCCUGAUUGUGCCAUGACAGGAGGCUUUCAUUGCCCAGUGCCACGGGAAGGCUGCGGCGCUGUCACCACAGCCACCCAGCAGCCUGGAGCUGAGCACCUCUCAUUCCAUCAGCUCUCCACCUCCACAAGGGAACCUUUGCUUCCUUCUUGGAGCAGCUGAACUCAGGUUCAGUCUUCCAGGAUGGUUCUUCUGAACCUGUCCCCUUCCCCAGAGGAAGGGCCUCCUCCAUUCCAGGGCAGCAGUGCAGAGUUGUAAAUACCCGACUUGGAUCAAGUGGGUUCAUCACUCUCUUCCUCAUCUGCAAUCAGCCCCCACUGAAUCCUCCCCUUUUUUUCCCCCCCUGUUGCUUGGCUCUUUAUUUUGGUGGAAGCUCACAGCCUCUGUUCCAGGGCCCUGGAGCAGAGUGAUGGAUCACACAGUACUGUACUGACCCAUAAAAGGGAGCUGCACGUGCUUUGACCUUCAUUUUUCCAAGGCCUCGGGUGGUAUAAGCAUAUCUUAAAUGCAUUUCUUCUGUAAAGUGUCAAUGUUCUUUUUCUCUAGUACAAAACUUAAAAAAAAAAAAUAAUUAUGCAAAAAAAAAUUAUUUUUUUUUUAUUUUGAAACUGUCCUGUGACUUGUACUUGUCUUCUCCUGAGGCUUGUGAAAAAAACCUUUCUUAUGUACUUAAGAUUAUACAGAAGAUAGAAUAAAGUUAAUGCCAACUUGCUCA